AUGCGGUUUCUAGCCAGGAUCUCGGUCGGUGUUCUCGCUGGCUUUGCUUGGUGCGAGCCGCGGCGUCUGGCCACAGACACUCAAGGCUUAUGUACGAAUGUAUCCUUGAGCUACCCAGGCUGGGAGGUGACCGAUCUGGUCCUGGUCGACAACCGAAUAGACUUCCAGCUCGUUAAUAAUGCUGAUCCAGAUAACAAAGUCUUGUGCUCUGGACACAGCACCAGCUCACAUGUCGACUACCAAGAAUGCAACGACAAACAAGCUCGGUUCGCCUACGAAAGUGAAUCGUCGAUCCUCGCAUUCAACCAGACAUGGAGUUGCGCCGACAGCAGCCUCACAUUUAUCGGUAUCGGCAAUACCACGUUAGGCUGCCCAUCAAGCCCUCACGACUGCUCCGCGUCAAACAACCCCCCAAAAGCUAUCCUCGCCUCCCUCCUCGCCCCCGUCCAACUCACCCCCAAACCCAUCCAACCCCCUCCCGGCGCCAACACCACAAACUGCACCCGCAGCUCCCGACCCCCAAUCUGGGAAAUCACCAACCUCACCUACCAACGCCUCGACUUCGGCCCGCCCUGCAACCCCGUCUCAGGCGCAUGCCCCCCCGGCAAGCUCUACUACGGCGAAAUCAGAUUCGACCUGCUCAACCGCGCCACCGGCGACCGCCGCGCGUGCGGCGCCCAGUACCUCGGCCUCAGUGACCUGCAGGCCGCCGCCUCCACCACAGACUGGCUGGCGUGCGAUGCCGGGUUGGUGUUGAUCAAUCCCGCGCCGGUCCCGCCGGCGGAUUAUCAGACGAUGACGUAUUUCUGGUUUGACCACGCGUCGAAUACGUUGAGGUUGAAUCAGACGUGGUAUUGUGGUGAUCUGGGCGACCGGGAGGAGUACGGGUUUGUGGGUUAUGGGGCUGUUAGUCCGGCGCUGGAUCCGGGUGUGGAUUAUAUUGGUAAUAUGACGGUGCCGCAGGUUCGGGUUGGCGCGAGCGCGCCGACGCUGGUGGUUCAGGGGGAGGCUAUGAGGGAGAAGCUGCCGCCGUAUAGCCUCCGAAGGCCGCGCGUGUUUGGCGACAGCUGCACGGCUACCUCGCUGGUUAGCCCGCCAGAGACGUUUCAGAUCAGGGAUUUCUGGUUCAGCACGUAUUUGACUAACGCCAGAGUUCGCACGGGAUACGUUUGGAUGUAUGUGAGGAAUGAGGUGUUUGACCUCGAGCUCAACUUCAACUCAGAAGGCCCGGCCAUGAUCCCGGGGGUUGAUGGCGUCAGUGACCCGAACGUGUGGUAUGGUUGCAGUGGUGGGGACUCGGCUGCGGCGCCCGGGACCCGGCUACUGAACUGCAGCUUUGCGUUUGAUCGGGCAGCUAAUCGCCUGUCUGUGAGAGAGGAUUGGGUGUGCGCAGACAAGGAUAACGAGAACCCGAUAUUGUUUACGGCCAUCGCGAGUGGGGUGGUCGCCAUGGACGAUUCCUUGUGCGAAACCUCUGACGACGAGUCAGAAAAUAGGCAUUGUCCUGGCCCUGAAACGUUUGAUAUCGGCGUCACAGAUUAUAGCUGGAGGCCGUGCACACCGGGAGACCAAUGUCCCGAGAUGGGGACGUGGUAG